CCGGAGUGUAAUACAUGUAACCCCAAUCGAGUUGUGACUGACGCCGAAGCGGUUCGCGCACCCGGCGGACGCUUGGUUAGGAGCCCAAGCCAGCCGUGAGAUCUGCUUUCAUCAUGAAUAAGCUGCAAGGGUUUGAGUUUUGGAAGAUCACCCUGAAGGGGGCACGUUAUGUGGUGGCCCCCAUGGUGGACCAGAGUGAGCUGGCUUGGAGGCUCCUGAGCCGCAGACAUGGCGCCCAGAUCUGCUACACCCCCAUGCUGCACGCGCAGGUCUUCGUGCGGGACGGCAACUACCGGCGCGAGAACCUGUAUGGUGAGGUUUGUGCGGAGGACCGGCCCUUGAUUGCGCAGUUUUGUGCGAAUGACCCAGAGACGUUCAUUAAGGCCGCCCUCCUGGCUCAGGACUACUGCGACGCCAUUGACCUCAACCUGGGCUGCCCUCAGAUGAUCGCAAAGCGAGGUCAUUACGGUGCCUUCUUGCAGGAAGAGUGGAGUCUUCUGGAGAAGAUGGUGUCACUGGCCAAUGACAAGAUUUCAGUACCCAUCACGUGCAAGAUCAGAGUGUUCCCGGAAGUCGAGAAGACCGUGCAGUACGCCAAGAUGCUGGAGAAGGCCGGGUGCCAGCUGCUGACCAUCCAUGGCCGGACCAAGGAGCAGAAAGGGGCCAUGACAGGCGUCGCGAGCUGGGAGCACAUUACUGCUGUCCGGAAGGCCGUCAGCAUCCCCGUCUUUGCCAACGGCAACAUCCAGCACCUGAGCGACGUGCAGCGCUGCAUGGAGGAAACGGGUGUGCAGGGCGUCAUGAGCGCAGAAGGUAACCUUCACAACCCAGCCCUGUUUGAGGGCCAGAGUCCGCCCGUGUGGGAGAUGGCAGAGGAGUACCUGGAGGUGGUCCGGCAGUACCCCUGCUCCCUGUCCUUCGUCCGUGCCCACCUCUUCAAGCUGUGGCACCAUACUUUGCAGAUCCACACGGACCUGCGGGAGGAGCUGGCCAAAGUGCGGACGCUGGACGGGAUGGCGGAGCUGAACGCGCAGCUGAAGCGGCGCUGCCAGGAGGAAAUGGCUCGACAGGAAGCUGGGGAGAAGGACCACGGCAGCCUGCCCUUCCCGCACUGGAUAUGCCAGCCCUACGUCCGGCCAGCCCCGAAGGGUCCUGGCAGUGAGAACGGGCAGCCCGGCUCUCAGCCGAAGGCAGUGUGUGUGAAGAGGGCCCUGGAGGAUGCUGAUGCUCCCCCAGAGUACCUCUCCAAGAACAAGCAGAAGAAGAAGGCGCGCAACCCCAAAAAGAACUUCAGCAUGGAGCAGAAACCCAAAUACAUCAAAUGUGAGCAGUGUGGAAACCCCAAGGGCAGUAAGUGUGUCUUCAGCCUGUGUCGGGGGUGCUGUAAGAAGGCGGCGUUCAAGGCUACGGCUGAUUGUCCAGGCCAUGGAUUGUUGUUUAAGACCAAAUUUGAUAAAGCUCAGCGACAGAAGGCCAGCGAGCCCGACAGACAGGCCAGCGAGCCCGACAGACAGGCCAGCGAGCCCGACAGACAGGCCAGCGAGCCCGACAGACAGGCCAGCGAGCCCGACAGACAGGCCAGCGAGCCCGACAGACAGGCCAACGGGGAGUCGCUCACGCAGACGUGCCCCGCAUUGCCCUCGGCCUCACCUGAGCAGCCCGGCAGAGACCCUGUGGCCUGAGGGCGGCCCCUCUAAGGACACGUGAGGCACCACACACCCCUGAGGGUUGCUGCACUGGGAGAGCUGCCCCCAGACCGAGGGAAAUGAGCGUGACACUCAGAUUCUGCUGAGGAUGGUGCUGCAACGACGUACAUUUGACAGGACAUCAGUAUGGCUGCUUCCGUCAGGAUUACCCUUUAACUUGUGGUUGUUUCAGUUUUGUUACAGGGUUUUUUUUGGCCAUUCAGCUGAAUCAUUUCAGUUGGCUUAACUCCUUGCUAUUACGAAUGGUACUUCAUGGUCAAAAAAUUGGCUACUUCUUCUAAACAAAAUGUACUUCAUCUCAGUUUUAUCUCUAAAAAAACCGAAUUGAAUAUAACAAAUUGGAGGCUAUUCUAGUAUCCGGCUGUUUUCCAGGGGUUUGCUAAAUGACGUCGGAGAGGAUCACGCAUACGGCACAUUAGCCGGAAGUAAACCACUGACAAAUUAUAAGCUUCACUCCAAAAAGGCAUAAGUAUGUAUUACAGGAGACUUCAUUUUGAGUGAAAUCUUGUAGGAUUUGAAAAGAUCUGUGCUUCACCCUGACAGGGAACACUCCCUUCAAACUACACUGUGAACACGAAGGAAAACUGGACUGUGAGCUUCAUAGAAUGUUCCGGUGUUGGGAAAGUCACAUAGAAAAGCAAUUCACAGCUAAAGCCAAAUGGACAGCCAGUUGCCCAUUUUAAAAACCAUUAAAUUUGUUUUUUCAGUUAAGCUAGCAAUAAAAAAAAAUUAGGAAAUAGACUUUCAUACGAUGGAUGUGGUUAGCCAUGCUACUGUGGAUUGCUAUAGUAACACAAAUCAGUUGCUAGGAAACUUAGUAGUUUAGUUGUUCUGACAGCAUUUCUAUCACAUUGUCAGAUCCAGCCCGUUUUGUAUUGCAGGAAGUUCAACAUUUGCAGCCUCCUAUUGGAAGAUUGCAACUGUUUUAAUGCAUUUAUUGCCGAGUUGGCACGUCUCGAAUGUUUCACACGAACGUCACGUCAUGGAUGGUGCCAGCAAAGCUUUGGAACAAAAUCUACCUGCGGGGCUCCUUCUGUGUCUGGGGUUCACCGCGUUUUGCAGGAAUGUGUCCAACCGAGGCCUGUGGUUGAGGGGUCUUUACUGUAGGUAACAGUGUCUGGUUAAUGCUGGGUCUCACUGACAUGCAGCGCACUGUAAUGGGUGGAUCGCACUGUGCAGUAGCUAAGCCACUCUGUACAGCAUCAGCCUGCACCGCGGCUUAAACGACGCGGUUCCUGUGCUGCGCCUUUAGCCUGUAAUUUAUGCAAGAAGAUGAUCCGCCAAGCGCAGGUUAAAUAAUGCCUGCCUCUGUUUUUAAUCCUGCUGGAUACUUCUUACAGUGGUAUUUAUGGUCCUCAGGUUAUGGAAAUAUUUGUCCCUGUCGAUCGGAAUAAAAGUUUUGAAAGAAA